AAGUUAGCACUACAAGAAUUUAUGGUAUUAGGGGCGACAUCAUUAGUGGCGACAUGCUAAAUGUUGUCGCUGAUGCUUAUAAUCCACAUGCCAUCCAUCUGAGUUGAUUCUGGCCAUUGAUCAACUGAUGAAUCUAAGGGCUGACCAUUAUUCAUCCCCAAUUUCAUUUCCCUCCAAACAAGAUCAUUCUUUAUCCCCAAUUAAUCAUUUCCCCCCAAACAAAACCCUUUCAUUGUCCCCAAUUUCUCUCCCACCUGCAACCAUACGACGCCCCGCAUCUCCGACCACCAUCCGGCCACCUCCGCAUCUCCAACCAUCAUCAAUGUCCGACCCCACCUCCCAACCACCUUUGCGACGUCCGACACCACUCCAACCACCGGCGACCCGCCACAGACCAUCACUGUUUGUCUAUAAUUUGACCUACUCUGCUAAAGAAUGCCUAUGCUAUUGCCCAAUUGCGAAAAUUUGGUUACUCAAAAACAAAAUUCUACAUGGAGGAUGUAAACUUAUAUAAAGUGGCACUCAAGAGUGUAAUCAAGCUAAGAGAAUCUAGACGGAGUAAUGCUUACUCGGAACUGAUAGAGCCGGUCACUAAAAUUCGAACUCUACGCGCUCGAAUGAUUGGAGUUGCCAAAGAUGACCUGAGUAAAGUAUUCAUAUGGCUCACACUUGAGUUUCUUUCUAAACAGUGUUUGCAACUUUCCUUCCCCAACUGCUGUUGCACCUGAAUGUUGCUGAUCCAUGAAACACCAAAGCGGUGGAUCCUCUAUUAACUGACAAAGAAGAUUAUAAACAAAGAGUCAGACGUACUUAAAAUCUUCUAUGUACUGUUGUUAAAAUAUUUCAUACUAAUAUAAAUUAAGGUUAUCAAAACCCGGAUUUUAGUCAAAGAAGUGAACAUUACAGUUUGA